AUGAGUAAAGUUUAUGAUUGGUUCGAAGAACGUCUUGAAAUUCAGGCGAUUGCCGAUGAUAUAACCAGUAAAUAUGUUCCGCCUCAUGUGAACAUAUUUUAUUGUUUAGGAGGAAUUACACUUACUUGUUUUUUAGUCCAAGUAGCAACAGGAUUUGCUAUGACUUUUUAUUAUCGUCCAACCGUUACUGAAGCUUUUGCUUCUGUUCAAUAUAUAAUGACUGAAGCUAAUUUUGGUUGGUUAAUCCGAUCAGUUCAUCGAUGGUCGGCAAGUAUGAUGGUCUUAAUGAUGAUUCUACACGUAUUUCGUGUGUAUCUUACAGGUGGUUUUAAAAAACCUCGCGAAUUAACUUGGGUUACGGGUGUAGUUUUGGCUGUAUUAACUGCAUCUUUUGGUGUAACUGGUUAUUCCUUACCUUGGGAUCAAAUUGGUUAUUGGGCAGUAAAAAUUGUAACAGGCGUACCCGAAGCUAUUCCUGUAAUAGGAUCGUCUUUGGUAGAGUUAUUACGUGGAAGUUCCAGUGUGGGCCAAUCUACUUUAACUCGUUUUUAUAGUUUGCAUACUUUUGUCUUACCUCUUCUUACUGCUGUAUUUAUGUUAAUGCACUUUUCAAUGAUACGUAAGCAAGGCAUUUCUGGUCCUUUAUAG